AUGGAGUAUCAAUCUCUCAACAGACCUAUAAGUGGAGCAAACCAGUCGAGUGUCUCCGAGUUCCUGCUCCUGUGGCUUUCCAGGCAGCCCCAGCAGCAGCAGCUCCUCUUUGUGCUCUUCCUGGGCAUGUACCUGGCCACAGUCCUGGGCAACCUGCUCAUCAUCCUGGCCAUCAGCACAGACUCCAGCCUGCACACCCCCAUGUACUUCUUCCUCAGCAACCUGUCCUUUGUGGACAUCUGCUUCACAUCUACCACUAUCCCCAAGAUGUUGACCAAUCACGUUCUUGGGAGUCAGUCUAUCUCCUUCUUGGGGUGUUUUACUCAGAUGUAUUUUCUUUUCCUGUGUGUGGAUAUAGACAAUUUCCUCCUGGCUGUGAUGGCCUAUGAUCGCUUUGUUGCUGUGUGUCACCCCUUACACUACACAACAAAGAUGACCCCUCAGUUCUGUGCUCUGCUGGUUGCUGCCUCUUGGGGCAUUGCUUGUCUAAACACUCUGUUGCAUACCUUGUUGAUAGCUAGACUCUCAUUCUGUGCAGACAACAGAAUCCCUCAUUAUUUCUGUGAUGCAGCUCCUCUCCUGAAACUCUCCUGCUCUGACACACACCUCAAUGAGAUGUUGAUUCUUACUGUGGGAGGUCUGAUAAUAACGAUUCCAUUGGUUUGCAUCCUGGUUUCCUACAUUUGCAUCACCUCUGCUGUCCUGAGAGUCCCAUCAGCAAAAGGAAAGUGGAAAGCUUUCUCCACCUGUAGCUCCCACCUGGCUGUGGUUUCCCUCUUCUAUGGCACCAUCAUUGCUGAGUAUUUCAGCCCAUCAUCCUCUCACUCAGCCGAGACAGACACUGUAACUACUGUGAUGUACACGGUGGUGACCCCCAUGCUGAACCCUUUUAUCUACAGUCUGAGGAACAAGGACAUGAAAGAGGCUCUAAGAAAACUGAUUGGCAGGAAGACGAGUUCUAUUUGA